AUGGGUGAAGAAGAUAGAAGGGUGAGUGUGUUGAUGUUCCCAUUUUUGGCUCAUGGUCACAUAAUUCCAUACCUAGGACUAGCCAAGAAUCUCUCCGACAGGGGUUUCUUGAUUCACCUAUGUUCCACACCCAUCAUCCUCGUCUCCGUCAAGAAAAUGAUACCGGAAAAGUACUUGGAUUCAAUCCGGCUAGUGGAGCUCCACCUGCCGGAGCUGCCUGGCCUCCCACCGUCUUGCCACACCACAAACGGCCUCCCACGCGACCUACAACCCACGCUCUUCAAGGCCUUAAAAAUGUCAAAGCCCAAUUUCGCGAAAAUCAUGGAAACCCUAACCCCGGAUUUGCUGGUGUUCGACUUCCUCCAAGUGUGGGCGGAGGGGGUGGCGCGUGCACUCAACAUCCCCGCCGUCAGUUUCUACAACGUCUCCGCCGCCACCUCCUCUUACAUCCGCUUUGCCAUUAGGAAUCCCGGCUCCGAAUACCCUUUCCAACCCCUUCGCCUUAAAGGCUACUCAGAAGCUAUAUUCCGCGCCGCUUUCAGUCAUCUCAAGUUCGGCGAGAGAGACUCUAUGCCAAAUCCACAUAUGGUGUUGGUAAGAAGCUCCAUGGAAAUGGAACCCAAAUACAUAGAAUUCUACUCUCAAUUCAUUGGCUGCAAAGUUGUGCCCAUUGGACUAUUAGCCCAGGAUCUGGAGGAGCAGAUGGAGAAACCCCAUCACGACAAAAUGGAGCUCUUGGAGUGGCUGUGGAAGAAAGAAGAGGGUUCUGUGGUAUACAUUUCGUUCGGGAGUGAGUAUUUCUUGUCAAGGGAAGACAUAGUGGAGAUAGCUCAUGGAUUGGAGCUUGUUGGUAGCAAUGUGAGCUUCAUAUGGGUGCUUAGAUUUCCGCAUGGUGAGCAGGUGAGCGCUGAAGAUUCACUCCCAAAAGGGUUUUUGAAGAGGAUAGGGGAGAGUGGGAGAAUAGUGGAAGGAUGGGCGCCUCAGGUGGAGAUUCUGAACCACCCGAGCGUGGGCGGGUUUCUGACUCACUGUGGGUGGAACUCCAUAAUGGAGACCUUGAAUUUUGCGGUUCCCAUCAUCGCCAUGCCCAUGCACUCUGACCAGUCCGUCAACGCUAAGCUCUUGGUGGAGAUGGGGCUGGCAGUGGAGAUCACCAGAGAUGAUGACACCCACAGGCUUUGCAGGGAGGUGAUUGCAAGAACUGUGAAGGAGGCCAUUGGUGGGAAGAGUGGGGAGGGUUUGAAGACUAGGGUUAAGGAUAUGAGCAAGAGAUUGAAGAUGAAACAGAAGGAGGAGAUGGAUGCUGCUGCCAUGGAGUUGAGAAAACUCUGCGUCACUCCACAUGGGUAGUUCAAUUAGUUCUGAAUGGCUACCUAAUUAGUUUUGAAUGGUAGAUUGUGGGUAAGAAAAACUGUGUCAUUAAUCACAUGUAAUUUUGGGACAAGUUUUAAUGUGGACCACGGUCUAUAUAGUACUGUGGUUCAUUUAAAUAAGUA